CUUGGUUGGUUUUGUUUGUAUCUUUUGUUCUUUAGCUGGUUUUUACUCUCUUCUGGUUUCUUUGAGCUCAGUGUAGUAAUUUUUUUAAUGGUGUAAUUAUAUAAUAAUGAAGAGAAAACAGUGAACAUGCUCUUCAUUGUCUAGAUUCUUCAACUUAACUUCAUGCUUGAGAGCACAUGAUUGUAGUGAUUUUUCAUUUUUUAUUCCAAAAACCCCAUUGACAGACACUGUGUGAGUUCUUGGAAUUUGGGAUUAUUUUUUUUCAUCUUUUUAGGACUGCAGUCAAGCCAUGCUUGUUGUUCCAUGAGGGGAAAAAAAUUGUUUCUUUUUCUUGGGUUUCACUUCUUUCCAUCCUCAUGAUAGUGUGAGGAGAGAGGGGGUGGGGUGAAAUGAUUUGUUUGUUCAUUUUCUUGGUGGGUUUUUUGCCUUUAGCAUAUUUUUAGUGAAUUCUUUGCUUUUCCCUAUGAUUUAAAAAAAAUGGGGUUUUAAGAAACUACUUGUCCUUUUGCAGAAAGCAAUGAUUUUUAGCUCAUUUGUUUAUAUGGGGUUUCUUGUUUCUUUGUGGUUAGGAAUAUUUUGAAGAAUAUUGAGGAGUUUUUUUUGUUGUUGUGGUGAUGGGUGAGAAGAUGCAAAGCCACCAUAUGGUGAGUGUGAAGGGGAGUGAGCAAUUUAACUCAAAGAGAAAGCAUAGAUUUGUACCUUCACAGACUUAUCUUCCAAAGCUUUUUGCUUUAUGGAUUAUCUGGUGUACAUUUUUCAGCAUUGCUUUGUACUUUUAUAUGGAUGCUAAUCAUAAGGAGAAAAGAAAAGAAGGGCUUGUGAGUAUGUGUGAUCAAAGGGCAAGGAUGUUACAAGAUCAAUUCAGUGUUAGUGUGAACCAUGUACAUGCCCUUGCUAUACUUGUAUCAACUUUCCAUUAUGAGAAGAAUCCAUCAGCAAUUGAUCAGAAUACUUUUGCUGAGUACACUGCUAGAACUGCCUUUGAGAGGCCACUAUUAAGUGGGGUGGCAUAUGCAGAGAGAGUUUUAAACUCAGAAAGGGAAGAAUUUGAGAGAGAACAUGGAUGGACUAUUAAAACAAUGGAAAGAAAGCCUUCACCAAUCAGAGAUGAGUAUUCUCCAGUUAUAUUUUCUCAAGAGACUGUUUCCUACAUAGAAUCACUUGACAUGAUGUCAGGAGAGGAGGAUCGCGAAAACAUCUUAAGAGCUAGGGCCAGUGGGAAGGCGGUUCUUACGAGCCCCUUCAGGCUUCUGGGUUCUCAUCACCUUGGUGUUGUUUUGACAUUCCCUGUUUACAGAUCCAAGCUUCCGGAAAACCCAACGGAGCAUGAACGGGUUGAAGCAACUGCAGGGUUUCUUGGUGGAGCCUUUGAUGUUGAGUCUCUCGUUGAGUGUCUACUCGGGCAACUUGCUGCAAAUCAUCCAAUAAUUGUAAAUGUCUAUGAUGUUACAAACUCCUCUGAUCCUUUAAUCAUGUACGGACACCAGAACCCCAAUGGUGAUGCCUCACUUAAGCAUGUAAGCAAGCUUGAUUUUGGUGAUCCAUUUCGUAAGCAUGAGAUGAUUUGCAGGUAUCUUUACGAAGAUCCUAUAUCUUGGGGUGCAGUGACCACUGCAGUUUUCAUUUUUACCAUCUUCCUCUUAAUUGGCUACACGGGUUACAAAUCUGCUAGCCACAUUAAUAAAGUAGAGGAUGAUUUCCAUAAAAUGCAGGAGCUAAAGGUUCAAGCUGAAGCAGCUGAUGUUGCCAAAUCCCAGUUCUUGGCUACUGUUUCACAUGAAAUAAGAACUCCUAUGAAUGGAAUCCUAGGAAUGCUUGCUCUGCUUCUAGAUACGGAUCUGAGUUCAACUCAAAGAGAUUAUGCUCAAACUGCUCAAGAUUGUGGAAAGUCACUGAUAAGAUUGAUAAAUGAAGUGCUUGAUCGAGCUAAAAUUGAAGCUGGCAAGUUAGAGCUUGAGGCAGUUCCAUUUGACCUUCGCUCUAUACUGGAUGAUGUUCUCUCUUUAUUCUCUGAUGAGUCAAGGCGCAAAGGUGUUGAGUUGGCCGUCUUUGUUUCUGAUAAAGUGCCUGAAAUUGUUAUGGGGGAUCCAGGAAGAUUCAGACAAGUGAUAACAAAUCUGGUGAACAACUCGGUCAAAUUCACUCUAAAAGGGCAUAUAUUUGUUCAAGUUCAUCUGGCAGAACAAAAAAAAGAUGGGGACAAAAAUGACACCUGCUUGAAUGGAGGAUCUGAAAGUAUUAUUUCUUCUAGUGCUUUUCAUUUCAAGACCUUAAGUGGUUAUGAAACUGCUGAUGGCCAGAACACUUGGAACACAUUCAAGCAUAUAAUUGCUGACAAUGGGUUGUACUAUGAAUCUGCAACUAAGGUGGUGAAUGAUGAUCUCUCUCGGGAUGUCACUGUAAUGGUUAGUGUUGAGGAUACUGGGAUUGGGAUCCCUUUGAAAACACAAGAUCGAGUUUUUACACCAUUCAUGCAGGCAGACAGUUCAACUUCUAGAAAGUAUGGAGGAACUGGUAUUGGGUUAAGCAUUAGCAAGUGUCUCGUCGAGCUGAUGGGCGGUCAUAUAAGUUUCAUUAGCCGUCCCAAGAUUGGAAGCACAUUUUCUUUCAGUGUUAGCUUCCUAAGAUGUGAGAAACAUGCUGUUGGUGAUCUGAAAAAAUCUCAUUCUGAUGAUUUGCCUACUUCAUUCAAAGGUCUAAAUGCUAUUAUAGUCGAUGAUAAGCCUGUAAGAGCUGCUGUAACAGGAUACCAUCUGAAGAGACUUGGUAUUCGGGCAGAAGUUGUCAGUAGCAUCAAGAGAGCAGCAGCCACUCUUGGGAAAAAUGGUUCUGUUGUUUCCAAGAAGCUGGACAUGAUUCUGGUUGAGAAGGACUUGUGGAUAUCUGAAGAUGUUGACCUAAAUUUACACUUUCCAGACAUCAAUCAAAAUGGACACAUGUACAAGUUACCGAAGAUGAUCCUUCUGGCGACUAAUAUCACCAACACUGAACAUGAAAAGGCUAAAGCAGUAGGUUUUUCAGUGAUAAUGAAACCUCUUAGAGCAAGUAUGCUGGCUGCAUGCCUUCAGCAGCUAAUUGGAAUUGGAAACAAGAGUCGAGGAAAAGAUUUGUGCAAUGGAUCUCCAUCCCUUCGUGGCCUACUAUGUGGUAUGAAAAUUUUGGUGGUUGAUGAUAAUAGAGUAAAUCGCAGGGUUGCUGCUGGUGCACUCAAAAAGUUUGGGGCCGAGGUAGAGUGUGCUGAGAGUGGGAAAGCUGCUCUUGCAUUGCUGCAGUUACCACACAAUUUUGAUGCAUGCUUUAUGGAUAUUCAGAUGCCAGAAAUGGAUGGGUUUGAGGCUACACGUCGAAUUAGGGAACUGGAGAGCAUUGCAAAUGAACAACAGAAUGGAGUGUUGAACUGUGAUGGAGGUACAAAGAGGCACGUGUGGCACAUGCCGAUAUUGGCCAUGACUGCUGAUGUAAUUCAUGCCACAUUAGAGAAAUGCCUCAAGUGUGGAAUGGAUGGUUACGUCUCAAAACCAUUCGAGGAAGAGAAUCUUUAUGAAGCUGUAUCCAAGUUCUUCGAAUCCAAGCCUAACUCGGACAAAUAGCUAAAUUCCUAUUCCACUGAUUUUGCUGCACCUCUCGUCUGAAACGGACUACCAGCAAAUUUUCAGCAUCCUGCUGGUGCAUUCUUGUUUGACUUGUUCUAGUGUAUGGACAUGAUUAGCCACAAUGACAUAUUUAGCAAGUGAUUAGCUUCUAACCAGUUUAGAUCUUUGACAUGAUUAGCUUCUUAAGUAUAUAUUGUUGUAUGUAUACUGCAAAAGAACUUCUAUCCCUGUCUUGUAUGUACAUUUAAAAGGGGAGAAGAAGUUAAAGCUGUAUAAUCUUGAUACCUUUUUAUGGUUUCCUUUGAUAUUUUUGACUGAGAAGCUACUAAUU